AUGACAAACAAAUAUUGUAUAAGUAUAAUAAAUUUAUCGAUAACCCAUAUGAACUAAGCAGUAAACCGAGACGAGUCAUACAUUCAAUUUGGCAAGCAGUCAAAACAAUAUGUUUGCUUUCAAAAAAGGUACAUAAAAAAUAUUUAUAUAAGUUACAGUUUCAUAGAUUUAAUAUUAAAACUUAUAAAAUAUUAAGUCGUUUAUGCACAAAUAAUGUAUAAAACUAGAUUAAUUAUUCACAUACUUUUAAAUUACUUAUCUAUUAAAUUAAUACCUAUAGAUAAAUAUUAUAAAAUAAGGAUUUUUGUAUGAAUAUCAGAAUAAAAAAAAAAAAAAUUUAAAAUUUGUGAAGCUUAUUAUUAAAUUACUUUUCUGAAAAAAAAUGUUUCUUUUUAGUAUUUUAAGAAGAUAAUUUUUCAAUGGAUUUAUUAUUAUUAUUUAUUUUAUUUAUUUAUUAUAGUUAGGAAAAUCGGGAAAAGACGUAGGAUAAACGAAUAAAUUUAUUUUACGUCAUCAUGAUUUCAUGGUUUUAUAUUUGUGUAACUGGCGGUCGGGAAUUGGGCCACAUUUUAUCUACGAUCUACCUGCUUCGUAAACAAUAUUUUUGUACAUUUUAUUACCCGAGCCACAAAUAAAAGGUAUAUUUUUAAAGAGUACCCAGAGAUUGGGUCACAAAUGUAUAACAUAAAAAUAUAUUAAAAUGUAUAAUAUAAAAUACAAUACCUAUAAAAUUAGUUAAAUAAUUAAUAAUUUGUUCUCAUUCAAGAUAGUGAUUAUAUUCAAUAUUUUUUUUAAUAAAUUUAAAAUUAGUCAAAUAAUUAUAAUUUUUUUUAAAAAUAAUGUGAUACAGAUUGCUUUGCACAGUAUUCUUAACAUAAUUCGAUUUUAACGAACAUAUAAGAAAUUUAAAUUUGUAAUCGUGGAAAAAAUAAUAAUAUGGUUUAAAAUAGUGGUGUUAAAUAGAGGUUCGCUUUUUUUAAAAUCUUAAAUGUAUAAAAUAGUUAAAUUAAAAUAGUGGCCCAAUCACCGGGUUUACCUGCUAUAAAUGUAAAAUUUUAGUGGCCCAAUUACCGUGUAUCUUUUCGAAAAAAGGUUCAUUGUGACCCGAUUCCCGGACACCCCUUGUAACUUAUGUUUUCUUGAACUACUUUCCUAGACGCGUCUAACCACUGAUUUAUAUAAAUUAUAAUAUCUAAAUAUUGAUAUUUAAACCGACACGUAUACAAUUAUUGUUUCGAUAUUUUAGAUAAUUGACGUACAUUUUCUCGGCCUACUCAAUAUUAAAAUUUGAUAUUUUUCUUAGUUCAAUCAUUAGUAUAUCAUUAGUAUCGGAUAAUAGAAUUAUAAUUAAAUUUCAACAAGUGAUAAAUUUCCGAUAAUUUAGACCAUCGUUACCACACUGUUUUAUAAAUAAUAAUACUCGUUUUAAAUACAUCUUGAAAGAAAGAUUAUCUGUAAUUGUACUCAAAAUACGUUUAAAGUGUAUUUUUUUACAAAUUUGCUUACAUCACAAUUAUAUUAUAAGCUAUAAUAAAUAGGAUUAAAUUAGUUAUAUCCAGUGGCACAAUUAGAAUAUAUGCGCUCCGAGGUGAAACAACUUUAUUGCCACUCCUUCUACUCCCUCUUAUUUUCACUCACCACUUUUCACAACCUCAGACAUUCCCUCCCCACCCUAAAUUACUAAUAAAAUGUGCCCCUUGCUUUUUUUGAAUACCAUUUUAAAAUAUUUAUCUUUUUUUUUUUUUCAAUUUGUUGAUCGGUUCAUUAAUGAAAAAUUUUUUCGAUUGGAGCAAGUUUUCUGGUUGAAAAGUUGUAAAUAGACAGAAAAAAGUAUUAGAAUCUAAAAUUUAACGAAAACUAAUCGAAAACAUGAUCAGUUUUUUUUGAAGGGGUGACAUUGUUAGCCAUUUUAACAAUAUGUGCUGAUAAUGGUAAAGGAACCACCACCGAAAAUGAUGCACAAAUGAAGGAAAUGCUCUUUAAGAAACAAUUGACGGAAAAUGUGGCUACAAUAACAAACAUUUUACAAAAAGAUGACAAAGACAAAUGCCCAAAUAAUUAUGUUAAAUUUUAUUUGUACACACAGUGCGUUUAUAAUAUUUGUUUUCUUAUAAUAACGGUUUUUUUUUAAAUUUCUAAAUCAAGAAUCUCAUACUGUUAUAAUAUAUUAUGAUCACAGACAGGAUAACAAAGGCAAACCUAUUCCCACUGAAGUUUCAGAAGGUACCGAACAUAUAAUAUUGAAUUCGAUAAAUCCUAUAAAUUUGAAAAUAAUGAUACACGGAGCCUAUGGACAUAAAGAUGAUGCGUUUAAUAUACUGAUUAGAAAAUGUAAGUGAACCAUGCGUCGAUUUCAUCCAAACGAUUUAAAAUAUAAAAUAAUUGAUUUCGUAAAAUGAAGGGAGGUAUAUGAUACUACGGGUAUAGAAAACCCGGGGCCCCGAGCUCCUAUUGGUGGAAAGCCUAGGGGGGUGAUUUCAAUAGGUAUAUGGUAAUGUUUCUGUAGGUUGAAGGAAUUCACUUUAUAGUUAAUAAUACCAUACUCCUUGUGGUUAGGUAUCAGAUAACAUUCAUACAGUACCUCUACUUAUCCUUAGAGUCGAUAAAUGAGGUUGUAUUAGUUUGACAGCCGGUGUAAAAUUCUGUCAAACGGUACGAAGAGUUCUAAACAAGACUUUAGCGGAUUGUUUUAUCUCGGAUGUGCGUAGUGACAAUGUCAGAGGAGGUAAUAUGGUGCAUGAUAAUAGAAAAUCUAGAAUAGGCACGUUAACAAUCGGUUUCAGGAAUUAAAAUUAGCACUUGAAGAAAAGGGAUUACGGAUAAGUAGAAGUAAAAUAGAGUAUAAAUUUGGAGGAAUAAAACAAGACAACUAACGACAAUAAGCGAGGUUAAAAGUUUUAAGUAGGAUUUUUUGUAUAAAAGAACGGUAACUUUUAUAAGAAUGUGAAAUAUAGGAUUAAGUGUGGUGGAUGAAGUGGAAAGAAGUGUAAGGUGUUUUAUGUCACACGAGAAUUUCAAUAAGAUUUAAAGUUAAUGUCUACAAAAAUGUCGUAGACGGAAAAAUAGAAAUGAGAAUAAGUAUAACAGAGACGAUAAUGCUUAAGUGAAUAAGUGUAAUGAUGAGAGAAGAUAGGAUAAGGCAAUGGCGUAUUUACGGGGGGGGGUCUAGGUGUACUGGACCUCUCUUACAACUAUCUCUACCUCUAUCUUUUACAACAAAAAAACGUUCUUUAAUGCCCAAUAUUUAUGAAUCGAAUGUAUUUUCUGAUAAAGUAGUAGAUGAAAAGAAGUAUGAUAUAGGUAUGUAUACGAAUUGUUUGUUGAAGCAACACGAAAUUGAAAAAAUUCUACAACAAAUUUGGAAACCUGAAAAUAAUUUUCAAUUUCCACUAAAUAUAAGUUGUAAAAAAAUUCAAGAUUUAAAUUUUCAUGGUUGUCUAAAUUUACUUGGUUAGCGUAUUCUUUAAAGUUUGAUGGAGUGUUUUGUAAAUUUUGUGUUGCAUUUGCUAAUAACGAAGCAGGAACCAAUUCCUAACCACUUGGUGCUUUAGUCAAAAAACCAUUUCAUAGUUGGAAACACGAAACUGAAACUUUUAGAAAUCAUUUCAGUUUACAAUAUCAUUUAAAAUGUUUAUCAGACACUGAUAAUUUCCUAAAUAUAAAAAAAAAAUCCAUCAUUAUCUAUUGAAAACAAAUUGGAUUCUAGUCAUGCAAAACAAGUAAUGAAAAAUAGAAAAUAUAUAAUAUAAAUAAUAGAUAAUAGAAACUAUACUUUUAUGUGAGGAGCAAAACUUUUCAAUCAGAGGCCAUUGUGAUUCUGGUAAAAUUGAAUAAGAACAUUUGGAGCCCAGAGAAAAUGAUGGAAAUUUUCGUAAUAUUUUAAAAUAUCGAGCACUUGGUGAUGCCAAUUUAAAAAUAUUCUUUAAAAGUUCAUGUCGUAUUAAAUACAUUAGUUCCAUUAAUCAGAAUGCCAUACUUGAUGCUUGUAAUUCUAUUUUACUUUCUAAGAUUGUUAAUAGAGUGAAAAAUGCUUCACAGUCCUUGUGGACGAAAUGGCUGAUAUAUCUGGAAUUGAACAAGUUUCCAUUUGUGCCCGCUAUGUAAAUUUAGAAACAUGUACAUAACAUGAAGAUUUUCUUCAGUUUGUUCCAACAACUGAUUUAACUGGUAAAGGAUUAGCUACCUUAAUACUGGAUAACUUAAAACAUUUUGUAAUCGAAACAUAGUAUCUAUUUGAGCAAGGUUUUGAUGGAGCGGUUGCAAUGUCGGGGAAAUAUAAUGGUGUUCAGUAACAUAUUAAACAAGCUCAUCCAAUAGCCAUUUAUAUUCAUUGUUCUGCCCAUCCUCUCAAUCUUUCUGCUUCUUCAUCAUGUAGUAUUCAAAGUAUAAGAAAUUGUUUAAGAAAGUUCGAAAAUGUCGAGAUUUUUUUAUAUUUUUGAAACGUAGAGCUGUGCUUCCACUAGUUAUUAAACAAUCAGAAAAUAAAAUGGGUUAUCAAGUAUUUGGAGGUUAUCUGAAGUAAGUGUUAACAUUUUAUUCAGUAAAAUAUUAAUUUUUUUAUUUGUGUAAAAUGUAUGUUUUCUUUUUUCUAAAAUACACUUAAUUGAUUGGCUAUGAUGUCCAUUCACAGAAGAGAUUCUCUAUCACCACAAGAAAUUUUGGAUGAACUUUAUAAAAAAAGAAACGAUUAGAUUUUGUACUUUAAAGUUAUAAAAUAUACUUGUGUUCAAAUUACCCUAUGAAUUUAAAAUAUCUGUGAAAAUAAUUACUUUCUAUUUUUAUAAUCUAUUAAAAACUAUUUCUUUAUCAGCACCUAUAUCACGUCAGAAUAAUUGCCCCCCCUUUAGAAAAAAUUGAAAAUACGCCACUGCAAAUAAGGAAUAAGUAAAUAAGAGGUAGAUUAGGUGAGACUUUGAUAAUAAACAAAAUUAUAGGAAAUAUACUGACAUGGUUUGGGAAUGACGUGAAAUUCCCAGAGAGGAAUCUGAAACGGUAAGAAUUAUUCAGGUAACUUAGUUAAGAUUAAUGAGCAGUUCCCGUUCGGUUAUUGUUGUAUACCGUACGUUGUCGCAUUCUUUUUUUGAACAUUUAUAUGCUAUUUUAAAUAGGUAUAUCGCAAGUUCGAAUCGCUCUAUUAUUUUUUAAUAUCACUGUUUUAGAAAUAAGCGCUAAGCAUCUUUUAUGCGUUUAUAUGUGUACAUUUUGUGAAUUUUAUAGAGUGCCGGCGUCAGAUUUUACGAGGCCGAUUAAUUCGGAAUGCUCUGAAAACACUAUCUACAAAUCUUUAGUGAAAACUGAAAAGACACAAUUUAAUCACAUCUUCUCUUAGUAUUUAAUUGUUAUUUAAUUAUAUUUUUAAAUAAAUAAAUUCAUAAAAUAACACUAAUUCAUUAACUAUUUACUACUUAUUAAAUUAAAUUUAGCAUAUAAUAGUUAAACGUCACAUUUUGAUAAAAUAAAAUUGUUUUUUUUUUCAUGCAUAUCGCUAAGGCCAAAGUAACAUAUAAAUCAAUAGAAAAAAUUCAAUUUUCGAUUCAAAAAUAGCAAAAACACAUUUUAGGGGUUUAAAUUUGAGAUAAAACAAAAUACCUUUCUCUCGUUUUGAAUGACAAAUGUGCAAAGUUUCAUCCAAAUCGGAAUAAAAAUGUAGAUUUAUAUAAACCAUCAUAAUUCAAAUUUGAUUUUAUAAAAAUAUUAAUCAUUUUUCAAUGUUAAAUUUUUUUUUGUAAUUAACAUGGACAAUGGUGAGGCCUUGUAGCUCCCUUCGCCUCUCACUGUCAAUGGUAUUAUUUAUUUUAAGUGAAUAAAAAACACUUUAGUAACCUGCAUUGGGAAAUUUUAAAUAUAUCAUAAAUACUAUUCAAUUACAUUUUGUCGAUAGAUAGAUAGAUUUGAUAGAUAAUUUUUAUAAUCUAAAAAUAAUAAACACGCAAUUUUUUUUUUUCAGCUUAUUUUACAGUAGAUAGUAACCGCAAUAUACUAGUGGUUGAUUACAAAUUUUUAGGAGACAACUUGAUAGGUAUGCCAUAUAGAGUGUACGAUGUCGUUGAACUCGUUGCAAAAUGUACGGUACGAAUUUUGUAUAAGAUAAUAAAGGAAAAUAGCGGUAGUAUAAUAAAUACACACGUCAUCGGAUUCAGCUUGGGAGCUCAAAUCGCAGGAUCUCUGGCAAACAAAUUAAAAAUCACUAAUAACGGUGGUUUCUCUCAUACGAUAAGUAGAAUUACAGGCAAGUGAUAAUUAUUUUAGUAAAUAUCAAAGUGAUUAUCACAAUAAUUACUAUACAUGUACUCGUAUUACUUAUUCAACCAAUAUUGAUUUAUCGUGAAUUUAAUUUGAUUUAUUUUGAUAAAUAGCUCUAGAACCUGUUUUACUCAAUUUCGAAGGAAAAAGAAGUAUAUUGAAUAAAGAUAGUGCACCUAUUGUGGACGUUUUGUAUACAAAUUUUGGAAGCUUAGGUCAAAUAUUUCCAAUUGGAACGCAUAUCUUUUAUGCCAACGGUGGAUUAUGCCAACCAAAAUGUGAUAUAUUUGACAGUGGGUAUAGGUAAUUUAAUAAAGUCCAACAAGUUGUAUACCCAUGAAUAGAAAAACAAUAUGCGAAAUAUUGAUUUCCAUCAAAUUAUUUAACUGUUAAUGUGCAUAAUAAAAAACUACUGCAUUACAUUACUCAACAUUGUUUUAAUAUUAAAAUCAAUAUAGGAUGAAAUUUGUGAAAAAUGUAUAUUUUGCCAAAAAAAUUGUAUUCGCAUUUAAUUAAAUAAAAUGAAAAUGGUACAAAGACUUCAAAUGACUAUAAAUAGUUCAAUAAUUUCCAAAAUGACAUCUAGUUUUAAUAAAUAAAAUCAAGAUUUGGAUCGACGUCAUCAAACUGUGUAGUUGUGCUUUGUGUUCGAGUAAUUUUUAAAAUAUAGGUAAUAAAACCAUUUAUAAGAUAAGUGGAUUUUUAUUAUUUACACCGAAAAUAGUUGAAUGGAUAUUAUUUCGAUAGCGUUAUAAAUGUUUGAAUAUAGUUUAUUCUCAUUUUCUUAUUAUUGCAUAACUAAAAUGUUAAUUUGCGUAUAUUUAAAACCAAUAGAGAUGUGCCAAUGUUCCUGGCUACAACGCGAACAAUAAAUAAAAAAUCAUGUUUUUGAAUACAGCUAUAUGGUAUAUGCAGAUAGCAGGUAUAUGGCUAUUUGGUUUAUAAUUACUCACACAUCGUGGACACUUCUACUCCAUCCAUUUUAAAAUACAUACAAUGCAUAAAAUCAAUGUACAAGUUUGAAUAUUUUUGUGAUUUAUAAGGCACAUUUUUCAGAUGAUGGGUACAAUUGUAGUCACAAAAGAGCGUAUACAUUAUUUGCAGAAUCGAUUGAAUAUAAGGAUCCCAAAUAUGGAUUUUUUUCCAAGAGAAGGGGCCAUAAUGAACCUAUGAGUUUUUUACUCGGACUAAAAAAUAAAAUAAUUUAUGAUAGUGCAAAAUAUAAGUUCGGAGAAUAUUUGGAGACCAAUCAAGAGAAGUAAGUCCAACUGAAGGUAAACAUAAAUUCGGAGCCCAAAAGAAUUUCUGGACUUUUGGAAUCUAUUAAUAUUAAGGAAGUUCUAAUCUUGAUUUUAGAAAACUAAUUUCCAGGUGUCCCCAGACAGGUUACGAAAAUUAUUACAUUUUUUUUCAGAUUUUUUCCUCUUCCUUAUUAAUUUCUCUAUCAAGCAUAAACUUAAUAUAAGGGUGUUGAAUUUUCCAUGCCAAUGCAUAACCAGCACAUCAUUUUUUUUUUUAGAACCCCAGAAAUACAGAAUAGGAAAUAGAUAUGUUGAUUUUUAAAUAAAAAGUUCUUACAAAAUAGGAAAAUGAACAAAUGUGAAAAUAUUUAAUUCGUGUUUUGGCAAACUUUUUUCUGGUAAUACAUCAUAGGAUACUCCAGCAUAUCUUUUCGCCACAUUCCUGAUAACUUUGCGCAUACUGUUCUGAUUUCAGUAUCAUGUAAUACAUAUUUAAUACAGGCACUAAAAAAUUGAAUUAGUGGGAGAGGAGAAGGGGAGUGGCAGGCUUAACCUACAUAGUAAAAUAUAUCGAGCACUUGAGUACAAAUUGAUGUAUACAAACGAAAAAUUAGCUGGUGUAAUUUGCAGUACUGUAAACUGUCACUAUUGUAAGUGGGAAAGUUUAUAUUAUAAAUAAUGAAAUUUAAUUUAUAUCAAUGCGCGUAAAAAAAUAUCAUUGUUAACGAUACAGAGGUUAGAUUAAAGUUCGAUUAAACAUACAUAUUUAAUAUUAAAUUAAUUUAUACCAGCGAAUAAAUUAAAAAGACGUCCUAGGAUAAUGGGGUCGGGUGCAGCCACUGUUAUAAGUAAUAUAAUAUACAUCUGUAAGUAACGAUAAAUCAUUUCUAACGAAAAAACGAUUUUGAGCGAAGUUCAGUGACGUUUUGUCAACAAUGUAUACGUUUUAUGGUAAAAUAAUUUCCUAAUAUACCUCUCCACACCGAUUUCCUUUCAGAAAAGGUGCUACAUUUAACAAUUUUAGCAAGAUCUCUGGUAGAAAAGUUGUCCAUAGAUAAAAAAAAAAAUAUAUUAAAUAUAAACAUCAUUGAUAAACUAUACGUUUCUUCACUCCAUUCAGAAUCUAAAAUUGUCAUAGUGAAAUUCGAGCUGUAGAAUUUUAUUAUUUAUCAAUAUAUUAUUUGUGUGAAAUUAUAUUAUUUCAUAAUAAUGUUCUGUCUAGUCGAUAGGGGAAAAAGAAAUUUUACCAUUUAAAUGUUAAAUAUUAUAGAUAUUCAAAAUUUGCAAAAUUGAAGAAAAUUGGGGAUACCAACAUGGGUUGCUUAUAAAUAAAUACUACAAAUUAUUUUUAAAUAUCUAUCGAUUAUUAUUUAUUUAAUUAUACUAAUAUUUGUGUAUUUCUUUUUUUAAGAGUUGAUGAUGGUGUUUUUUAUUUCGAAACAAACAGUCAAUAUCCAUUCGCUCAGGACAUUGAUUGUACUACCGAAGAAAGAAGUACAUAUAAAAAUUUCAAUUUUAUCUCGACAAUUAUUUCCUCCAUGACUGAUUGGUGGAGUAAUCAUCCACCGUUACAUGAAGGCACACCAUCUUAUCAAAGUUCUCAGUAUGAAGGACCUCUUUUUGAGGAAGAAAUUAUCUUUGAUUAGUUAAUCUCACUAAUCUCUUACCUGAUUAAGAAAAGAAUAUAUUGCAAUGAUCCUGCGAAUAAAUUAAAUUGCAGUAUUACACAUUUUUUUUUAAAAACGUCUCACUUAAGUAGAUCAUUUGUUUUUUCAAUUAUAAAAGUACAUAUACUUAUAGUAUCAAUUUUAUAUAAAAAAUUAAUUAGAAUUUUGAAAAAUUGCCCUAAAAAUAUUUAUAAUAAUUUUGAUUAAAUUAUUAUAUUAUAGUUUUUUACGUUAUGAUUGUAAUAAAACAAUUUAUGAAACACUAUUUCCCAAUAAAAUGAUG